AUGCGUGCGGUGUGGACCAUUAUCAGCCUCAAUGCGGCCGUCUUUGGAGCCUGGCAAUACGCGAAGGCUAAGAACGAUCGAGCGCUCGACCGUCAACUGUACGAGAAUGCGACACUGAUGGAAGCGAACCUCCAAGCCGGCCGGAAUCAUACACUCAUCACAUCUGCCUUCUCACACCGCGAACCCGGACACUUCCUGUUCAACAUGGUCUCCUUUCACGCUUUUGGUACCGUUCUGGCUACCGUGUCCGGAGUUAGAGCCGCGCAUGUUAUAGCUUUAGCUGUAGGCAGUGCGGCUGCUGGAUCUGUGGCGUGGUUGUAUCAUCUCCGAACGAGCAAACGGCCUCAAUCGACGAUACAAAAGUCGAAAGGAGUGUUUUCGAGCUUCGGCGGUGGCCAGAUCGCACGGCACAUCUACGUCGGUCUUGGAGCCAGUGGCAUGGUGAUGGGCCUAGGAGCUGCAGCGACCUGCCUAAGGCCAAGUGCGCCGAUGAACCUCAUGUUUAUUCCCAUUUCGAUCCCUCUCUGGGCUAUCACGGCUCUUUACUUCGGUGUGGAUGCAUACUAUCUCAACUCAGACAGCAAGGUUGGACAUUCGGCGCAUUUGGGUGGUGCGGUGUUUGGUGCCACCUUCUACCUUCUGGCGUUGAGGAACCGUGGUGGAAUCUGGACCAUGCUGCGAAGAGGGCUGAGGCGGUGA